AGGCGGGGCAGAGGGCACUGCCAAGGUGGCACGAGGCGGGACAUGUGCCUGGUGUGAGUUGGUAUCUGCCGUGUGUCAGGCACCUGGAAGUGCUCCUCUGAGGCCCCCAAGCCCCCACCAGAGCAUCCUGAUCCCUUGAGAAGCUGACCUCUGACCUAGAGGCAGCUAGACUCCAGGAGCCCCCUGCCCCCGCCCUGACUCAGAGCCCCUACACAAGUGAGUCUUGGCUCUGCUUAUAGCAUCUGACGCCAGAGGGGCUGAAAAUAGCCCCUGGAGAAGGGGGAGAAGGGGACUAUUUAAAGGGCCCAGGAGACAGAGUGGUGUAGAGGGAACAAGGAAUGAUCAUGGCCACUGUGGAAAUGAGCUGCCAGGUAUCAGAGGAGAACCAGGAGCGCCGGGAGGCCUUCUGGGCUGAAUGGAAAGAUCUGACUCUGUCCACAAGGCCGGAGGAGGGCUGCUCCCUGCAUGAGGAGGAUAGCCAGCGGCAUGAGACCUACCACCGGCAGGGGCAAUGCCAGGCCCUGGUGCAGCAGUCCCCCUGGCUGGUGAUGCGCCUGGGCAUCCUGGGCCGUGGGCUGCAGGAAUACCAGCUUCCCUACCAGCGAGUGCUGCCGCUGCCCAUCUUCACCCCAACCAAGUUGGGAGUCGCCAAGCAGGAGCGCGAGGAGACCCCCAUCCAGCUGCGGGAGCUGCUGGCAUUAGAGACAGCUCUGGGUGGCCAGUGCACAGAGCGCCAGGACGUGGCUGACAUCACCAAGCAACUGCCUCCCGUGGUCCCUGUCAGCAAGCCGGGAGCCCUCCGCCGAACCCUGUCCCGCUCCAUGUCCCAGGAAGCACAGAGAGGCUGAAAGGGACUUGACUUGGGCUCCACCGUGCCUACCCUGGGCUGGGCCCAUCCUGGCUAGGACCAUGGAGCUGCUGGCCAUGGCUGCUUUGUAGUUUGCCCAGAGUUGAGGGGCUAUGGAAAGUGGGAGCCAGAGGCCAGGAUGCCUGGGUCCCCUGAGUUCCCAAAGGGAGGGGAACGAAGAUGGUGGACACGAGGGGUGAAGAGCUGGGGGCCCUCACAGAUGAGCACCCUCAGCUCCAGAAGUGGCUGAAAGAUGGUGGUGAGGGCGAGAGGCCCCUGAGAACAGUGACUUGGUCCAGGUUUCAGCUUCAGAGAAGCCUGGGAAGGAAGUUUGGAGACUGGAGGGAGGGGGAUGUGAAGAGGGCAGAGGCAGGGCAGGGCCCCGGCACC